AGCGCUGCAGAGCUGUCAAUCGGUCGAAAAGCUUUGAAGUGAUUGGUUAUGUGAGUUUCCAUUGUAGCUAAAAUUAAAGUUAUUCAGUUGGCUAAAGAUUAAAUAAGCAUAGUUCAUUGUAAGAAAUAAUAAAGCACCAAAGGUGCAAGAUUUCAAGCGGUGCAAAACAUUUAAGACCAAUAAAUGACAAAGUAAAUUAGUGUGAUGAGGCUUUUGUAGCCUAAAACAAAAUUGUGCACAGUGCAAGUUGUAUGAAAAAAUUGCUGAUUAACGAAAAUGCGCUAAAUGAACGAAUGAUAAAUUCGAAUUGGAUUGAAUAAGCUGUUAUAUACAUUCCGAUAAAGUGCAUUCAACUGCUACAGAAACGCAGUUGGUUAUUUACCCAACUAGGCAGCAGCCAUUUCCAUAGCAGUUGUGUCUUGAUUGGUCUUCCAUUGCACGCCCCAAAGGUGAUAGUGCAUCAAAAACGAAUUAAAAAAAAAAGUUGGAUGUGCAGUUUUAUGGCCCAUAAAAUUUUACUACAUAUGACUAAGUGCAAGCUUCAAGUGGCUAACAAUUCACGAAAUUUUUUAUAUAGAAGAUACGUUACACCGUCAGGGAAAAAAAUUAAAGAAAAAUCCACUACUGGGAAAGCCGAUUAAAGGCAUUAGCAACCACUGGAAGGACCGACUCCACAUGGUUCUAUUUAGCAAUUUAAAAGCAUUCUUCCUAAGCGUCAAAGCAACUGCUGCGAAAUAAAAAAAAAGAGUUACAAGAGUGGUUAACUCUCUUUCUUCUGUUGGUUUUAGCUACAAUAAUAAUUGGUUACCUGUACAGUGGUGGCAAAAUGGAUCAUUCACAGCACAGUAUACACAAUCACGAUCAUCAUAUGGCCUUAGAUACUGCAACAACGCACGACCAUGCAGCUAUGAUGAUAUCUACCACCACUGCCAGUCCCAUUGAUAUAAUGGGCCAGGGCGCAAGCGAUCAUCACGCGAUGCAACACAGCCACGAGCAUGGAACAAUGGGCAUGGAGGGACCGAUGCAUCAUAUGAUGUCAAUGGCGUUUCACUUUGGCUAUAAUGAGACUGUGCUCUUCUCAUGGUGGAAAUUUGAUAGUAUUAUGGGUUUAAUUGGCUCAAUGAUCGCCAUAUUUGUAAUGGCUGUUCUUUAUGAGGGCCUAAAAUACUACCGGGAGUACCUGUUUUGGAAAACUUACAAUUUGCUGGAAUACCGGCCGGUCACCGGUCCGCAACGCAAUCCCGAAGAUCCGCAGCGUAGCACGCCGUCAACGAGCGCCUCUCCAGUGCAAUAUGUUGGCGAGGUCAUACAUAAGCAACCUCCGACAAUGUUGUCACUGAAUCAUCUAUACCAAACCGGCCUCCACAUCAUCCAAGUGACGCUCUCCUUCAUGCUGAUGUUGAUCUUUAUGACUUACAAUGUAUGGCUGUGUAUUGUGGUGGUACUCGGCGCCGCUGUGGGCUACUUCCUGUUCUGCUGGCGGAAGUCGGUGAUUGUCGAUGUAACGGAACACUGUCACUAGCAAUGUUUAAAAUGUGAAAGGCGCUUCACUUGGAUGCGCUGCCUCUGGCCAAGGCAAAUUGGCAAUUCAAAUAAUCAUCAAACUAUAAAUACUAAAGCUGCAGCAGCAGUGACUACAACAACAGCAACAACAAAUAGAACUGGCACUAGAUUGAGCAUAGCAGGCGGAGGAAGCAGAGCCGAGCGAGGAUCUGACGCUGGGGAAAAAUAUAAAAAUGGCAGAAACGGUGAAGCAACUCGUCACGCAACGGCUACUUCGCUAAUGAAUUCCGCUGGUGGAAGCGUACGUUGUGCGCGAUAUACGAAGAGUGCGGCGCGUGACGACCUUGAGAAGCAGCGCGGCAUACAAGUGACCAUGGCGAACUACAACCAAAAGGACUAUGAUAUUUACUACUACGAACGUGAUGAGUAUAAGGAUGAGAAAGUUAUCAUUGAUACAAUUGCCGUUUCGGCGACCACCACUACCCAGCGGAUGGAGAGCGGUUGCGGCAGCAUCGGUGCUAAUUGUCAGGAAUGUCGAAAUAUUAAAAUUCUCUUAAGACUAAGUUUAAGAUAUUUUUAUGAUAUAAACUGUGAAAUUGUAAAAAACACAAUUUAAGGAGAACUCAAAAACACUAAGGCAAGCAAAAAUUAAAAGUAAUAACAAGUGAGCCACAAAAAGUGAGGACAAAAAAAGAAAAUCCAAAAUGUAGUGGGUUUAGGCAAGUGAUAGCACGCAAUUGUGCGGCAGGGAGAGCAUAUUGCAGAAUUUAGAAAAAGUGAAAUAUUUUUACAAGAUGUAGUUGUGCAGUUGUUUAGAUGUAAAUUGGAUGUUUUGAGCUCGGUUCGUGCGCGGCAAGCGGCGAGCUAUCGCUUAAGUACUGCGAAGUGAUCUUCGACCAAUAAAAACGAAAGUUUCACUUUUUAUUUGUUAAAUUACAUUCACACUAUUAUAUAUACAAAUAUACACAUACAUAUAUAUAUUUUUUGCCAAAAUUUGUAGCUUAAAAGUAAAACUUACUCAGCUGAACGAACAUAUUGCCACUUUAUGGCGUUUAUAUUUAAUUCUAAUUUAUUCACGAAACCAAUAUUAUGGAGUUUUAGUAUGAAUUUUAUUUUUCUUAUUUACCCAUUUGCUACUUGUUCUUAUAAUAUUGAAUUUUUUUUAUUAUAAUCUUUUUUAUUGAGAAUUUUAAUCGUAUUAGGUCGCAAAGUAUACACACAAGGCAAUUUAAUAGAGCAGAAACGUACAUAUACAUAUGUACCUACGCAAAGAGAGUACAUAGGUACUAUAAGACCAACCCACUUAGAUACAGAAAUGUGCAUGUUUGUAUUUGAAAAAUUGUUACAGAUUUGAGUGCGAAACGCAAAUUAUUGCAAGUAUUAUCGUAUAUUGCAUUGUUAAGUUAGGAUUGAUUACAGUGAAGAAAAAAUGUGCUAUAAUAUAAAGCUCUACAACAACGCAUUUUAAGUAUAUACAUAUGUACAUUAAGGAAAAUAUUUUAAAGGAAUCAAAACAAUGCCCGUGGCUAAUGACUUGUGUUAUGGAAUUAGUUUUGAGAACCAAAAGGGCCCUAAAUUAUACACUGCUACAAAUAUACAUGCAUAUAUUCGCACACACAUCCAUGCAUACAUCAUACAUAUGUAUAAUAUUACGAGAAAAUUUUUCAAACUUACUGUGUAUACUUCAAAUAAAGACAAAAAUAUUCUUUAA